CUCCUUUCACUCUUUUUCUGAAGCGCGGCAGGCACCAUCGUAAUUUUUUGGUGUUUUUCUAAAAACUUAUUUUCCGUGCUUCUUGUUUUGUUCGAUUUCUGAAAUUGUUCGAAAUCAAUUAAAUUUAAUUUUCAACUACUUACUAAUUUGCAGUAAAACCUGCAACGAUGUCUCAUCAUUACGUAGUGACUGCCCAAAAACCGACAGCUGUAGUAGCCUGUGUUACCGGCAACUUUACAUCGGCAGUGGACCUUAAUUUAGUUGUGGCCAAGAACAAUCAAUUGGACAUUUAUUUGGUUACACCCGAGGGAUUGCGUCCUCUCAAGGAAGUCAAUAUCAAUGGGCAAAUCACUGUGAUGAGACAUUUCCGACCACAGGAUAGCAAAAAAGAUGUCCUCUUCAUUCUGACCCAGCGUUACAAUGUUAUGAUUCUUGAGAUCAAAAUGGUUGGCGACAAUAUUACCAUCAACACUAAAGCACAUGGCAAUGUUUACGAUCAAGUCGGUAGGGAAACUGAGGGAGGCAUGAUAGCGGUGAUAGAUCCAAAAGCUCGUGUGAUUGGAAUGUGUUUGUAUAUGGGAUUGUUUACAAUUAUCCCCUUGGACAAAGAUACAAGUGAAUUAAAAGCAACUAACUUAAGAAUGGAUGAACUUCUUGUUUACGACGUAGAGUUUCUUUAUGGAUGUGUUAAUCCAACCAUAAUUGUCAUCCAUAAGGAUAACGAUGGGCGGCAUGUCAAGACUCAUGAAAUUAAUCUGAGAGACAAAGAAUUCAUGAAAAUCGCUUGGAAGCAAGAUAAUGUUGAGACGGAGGCGACAUUGCUGAUUCCUGUUCCAACACCUUUGGGAGGGGCGAUUGUUAUUGGCCGUGAAUCAAUCGUAUACCACGAUGGAAGUAAUUAUCAUGCAGUUGCACCAUCAACAUUCAAGCAAAGUACAAUCAAUUGUUAUGCUCGAGUCGAUAGCAAAGGGCAACGUUAUUUACUAGGAAACAUGUUUGGUCAAUUGUUUAUGUUAUUUUUGGAAACCGCAGAUAAUGGAAAAGGAGUUUUUGUUGUGAAAGAAAUCAAAGUAGAAUUAUUGGGUGAAAUUUCAAUACCAGAAUGCAUUACUUAUUUGGACAAUGGCUUUUUGUUCAUUGGUUCGAAACAUGGUGACUCGCAAUUGGUUCGCUUAAGUACAACACCAAACGAGAGUGGUUCUUAUGUUAUUCCGAUGGAAGUAUUCACUAAUUUGGGUCCCAUUCUGGAUUUGGGAGUUGUCGAUUUAGAUCGACAAGGUCAAGGACAAAUAAUUACAUGCUCUGGUAGCUUUAAAGAUGGUUCCUUGAGAAUUAUUAGGAUUGGUAUUGGAAUACAAGAACACGCUUGCAUUGACCUACCCGGAAUCAAAGGAAUGUGGUCACUUAAAGUCGGAAUCGACGACAGCGUUUACGAAAACACACUAGUUCUAGCCUUUGUCGGACACACUCGCAUUUUAACUCUGACCGGAGAAGAAGUUGAAGAAACUGAUAUUCCUGGUUUCUUGAGUGACCAGCAAACCUUUCACUGCUCCAAUGUUGAUCAUGAGCAGAUCAUUCAAAUUACACCGUUGACUGCCCGAUUAGUUAAGGGUGGUACUAAGACUCUUGUUGCUGAAUGGCAACCACCAGGUGGUAAACGUAUUGGUGUUGUUGCCUGUAAUGCAACUCAAUUGAUUGUUGCAUCAGCAUGUGAUUUAUACUAUUUGACCAUAGAAGAUGGUAAACUAGUUGAGAAAUGUCACAAAUCAUUGGAAUAUGAAGUUGCCUGCUUGGAUAUCACACCAUUAGAUGAUUCAAGUUCUCAUUCUGAUUUGGUUGCAGUUGGCUUAUGGACUGAUAUUUCGGCUAUGAUACUAUCUCUGCCAAACUUGGAAACUAUUUAUACAGAAAAAUUGGGUGGUGAAAUAAUUCCUCGUUCAAUUCUGAUGACCACAUUUGAGUCCAUACACUAUCUGCUCUGUGCUCUUGGUGAUGGAUCUAUGUUUUAUUUCAUUCUUAAUCAAACUGAUGGCAAAUUAACGGACAAAAAGAAAGUCACCCUUGGAACGCAGCCAACUAUUCUUCGAACCUUCAAAUCCCUAUCGACUACAAAUGUAUUUGCGUGCUCAGAUCGGCCAACAGUAAUCUACUCUUCGAAUCACAAACUAGUUUUCUCCAAUGUAAAUCUAAAGGAAGUCAAUCAUAUGUGUUCUUUGAAUGCCGAAGCAUAUCCUGACAGCUUGGCAUUGGCUACGAAAAACUCAGUUAUAUUGGGUAAAAUUGACGAAAUUCAAAAGUUGCAUAUAAGAACAGUGCCUCUGGGUGAAGGUCCACGUCGAAUUGCCUACCAAGAGAGUUCCCAGACUUUCGGAGUUGCCACUGUACGAAUUGACGUUCAGGGACGUGGCGGACCAAAGCCCUCACGACCCAGUGCCUCGACGCAGGCUCAAAACAUAACUUACUCAAGUAAUAUGGUUCCUAAGCCAGGUGGAGCGAAUGCAUCAUCGGCAAAUGCUGAAAUUGGCCAGGAAUUGGAUAUCAAUAAUUUGCUCAUUAUUGAUCAGAAUACAUUUGAAGUGUUACAUGCCCAUCAAUUUAUGCCACCUGAGUAUGUGAUCGCGUUGAUGUCGGCAAAACUGGGAGAUGACCCUAAUACAUACUAUGUGGUUUCUACAGCACUUAUAUAUAGCGACGAAGCUGAACCCAAAGUUGGUAGGAUUAUUAUUUUCCAUUAUAAUGAUGGCAAACUAACGCAAGUGGCUGAGACAAAAAUUGAUGGAUCUUGUCAUGCGCUGGUGGAAUUCAAUGGAAAAGUCUUAGCUGGAAUAAAUAGUUUUGUUAGACUUUAUGAAUGGACAAAUGAAAAGGAACUACGUAUGGAAUGUAAUAUUCAAAACAACAUUACCGUAUUGUAUUUGAAAGCUAAGGGUGAUUUCAUUUUGGUGGGAGACUUGAUAAGAUCAAUGACACUUUUACAACAUAAACAAAUGGAAGGAAUUUUCGUUGAAAUUGCAAGAGAUUGUGAUCCAAAAUGGAUGCGGGCGGUUGAAAUUCUAGAUGAUGACACAUUCUUGGGGUCAGAAACAAAUGGCAACUUGUUUGUGUGUCAAAAAGAUAGUGCUGCAACCACAGACGAAGAACGCCAAUUACUUCCCGAAGUGGCACGGUUUCAUUUGGGAGACAUUGUUAAUGUAUUCCGACACGGUUCAUUGGUAAUGCAGAAUGUUGGCGAGCGAACCACGCCAAAUCAGGGAUGCGUUCUCUAUGGAACAGUAAAUGGGGGUAUUGGCAUUGUGACCCAAAUCCCACAGGACUUUUAUGAAUUCCUGCAUAGUUUGGAAGAAAGGCUAACGAACACAAUUAAAUCAGUUGGAAAGAUUGAUCAUUCGUAUUAUCGUAGUUUCAAUACACCCCAAAAGAAUGAGCCAUGUGAGGGAUUCAUUGAUGGAGAUCUAAUUGAAUGCUUCCUCGAUCUAAGCAGAGAAAAGAUGAAAGAAUCAGUGACUGGAUUAGAAACAACUAUUAAUAGCCAAAAGAAAGAAGCCGAUGUUGAUGAUGUCAUUAAAAUAGUGGAAGAUCUCACGAGGAUUCAUUAAUAAGAGGAGUUGCUUUGCAAAUUCACUUAAUUAACUUUUGGCUUAGUUUAAAUGUUUUUCUUUUUAAUCGAAACUAAACACACAUAAUUGUUUUUGUGCUUUACUCUUAUACCAUUAAAUAUUUAUGUAAAAAAAUAUAUAUUGUAUACUUAUGCAAACAUAAAAUGUUUCCAUACAAUGAAAUGAACAUUGGCAAGAUCCAGACAUUUUUGUUUUGGAAAUGAUAAAGUAAUAUUUUAAGAAUUUAA